AUGGCGCGCAAAGUGGCAGUCGUAACCGGCGCAAACAAAGGAUUAGGAUUUGCAAUCGUGAAAGGAUUGUGUGAAAGGUUCGAUGGUAUAGUUUACUUGACAGCGAGAAACGAAGACAGGCUUCUAGAUGCAGUGAGAAAGUUGAACGACCUCGGACUGCAGCCGGCAUACCAUCGCCUCGACGUCACAAGCAGCGAGAAUGUCAAGGAGUUCGCUCGAUACAUCAAAACAGAACACGGCGGUUUCGACGUUCUAGUGAAUAACGCAGCAAUUUUAGAAUGGGACGAAGUGUAUCCGAAUUACGAAGCGGCGAAACGCAACAUCGAAACGAACUACGAGAGCUUCUUGAAAAUUGAAGAAUAUCUCUAUCCGCUGCUCAGAGAUGGCGCUAGGGUUGUCAACAUUUCUAGUUCGUGCGGUCAUCUCUCCAAUUUGAAGAACAAACAAUGGAUUGAAACGCUUAUAAAUCCUGAUUUAACAACUGAAGAGAUCAAUAAAUUCGUUCAACACUACUUGGAGAGCGUCAAAAAUGGCAGUUUUGAUAAAAACAACUUUGCCGACGAUGGGAAACACGCUGAACAUAGGGUGUCGAAAAUUGCCGUGACGGCUCUUACUAUGGUGCAGCAGAGGAAAUAUCCGAACAUAUCCAUUAAUGCUGUACACCCUGGUCACGUCAAAACAGAUAUGGCAAACGGAAAGGGGAGUGUCGAGCCUGAUGAAGCGGCGAAAGUGGUUUUGUAUCUUAUCCUGGAGGCAUCGCCCAACUUAAAAGGAGCCUUCGUGUGGUACAAUAGAAAGUUGGUUGAUUGGCUUGAUCCUGAAGGAGAUUAUUAUUGUAAAGAUGUAUGCGUAGUGAACAACAUAAGAGGUUGUUUUAUUCAUCGAUCUGCUAGACUGCUCGUGAAGAGUUUCCGUGCUAUGGCGUCAUUUGGCGCACAAGCUGCACUCCGAUCAAGAUGGAGUUCGCUCAUCGAGUCGACCAGUGUCGAUGUGCCUGGAGAAGUAACGGAUGGUGUUCGUUCCGUCGUUGGAUGGCUGAAGCAGGCGUCCCUGGAAGUGCGUCAGGUCGGCAGGCGAGCGGUCAGCCAGCUCUCCGGCCGCGGCAUGGGGGAUGACGUACUCAUCAUACAUUACAACGAUGUAUACAACAUCGAACAGACCACAAACACAGAGCCUGUGGGAGGUGCCUUAAGGUUCAGCACUGCGGUGAAAGCUCUCCAUCACCUGAACCCCCUCAUACUCUUCAGUGGGGACGCCUUCUCACCUAGCAUGUUAAGCACAUUUACAAAAGGUGAACAAAUGGUACCAGUAUUAAAUGAAAUCGGAACGCACUGUGCUGUGUUCGGAAACCAUGAUUUUGAUUUCGGUCUGGAUGUUUUAUCAGGCUUGGUGGCACAAUCCAAUUUCCCUUGGCUUAUGUCCAAUGUCAUAGACAACGAAACUGGCAGACCUUUAGGCGAUGGCAAGAUCACACACGCGCUACUCUGCAAUGGACAUAAGAUAGGGCUCAUAGGACUAGUGGAACAGGAAUGGCUAGACACACUAUCCACUAUAAACCCAGAAGAAGUCACCUUCAUAGAUUUCCUACAAGCGGGUAGCAAACUAGCAUCACAGUUGAAGCAGGAAGGCUGCGAAUACGUCAUAGCUCUCACUCACAUGCGCACACCCAACGACGUGAAGUUAGCUGAGGGCUGCAACGAAAUAGAUCUGAUAUUAGGCGGCCAUGACCACGUGUAUGAAGUUCUUGAGGUAAACAACAGAUAUAUAGUGAAGAGUGGUACAGAUUUCCGUCAGUUCUCCAAGAUAACUAUAACGUUUGAGGGAUCACCUCGAGUCAACAUAGAAGAAGUUAAAGUAACAAGCGCUUGCGCAGAAGACCAAGUGCUCAAAGCUAAAGUAGACAAAUACUCAGCCAUGAUCGAGGGUAAAAUGGACGAAGUUCUGGGCAAGUUCUGCGUGCCUCUAGAAGGAAGGUUCUCGUGUAUCCGGCGCCAGGAGUGCAAUCUGGGCAACUGGGUGUGCGAUGUCUUGUUGGCUGCCACUGGGGCCGACCUGGUCAUACUCAACUCCGGCACUUUUAGGUCUGAUCAGGUCCACGCCGCGGGUGAUUUCACCCUCCGCGACUUAUCCACCAUCAUACCCAUGAGGGAUCUCCUCGUGGUGGUGGAAGCCACUGGGGCUGUUAUCCUUGAAGUAUUGGAGAAUGCAGUCAGCAAGUAUCCCAGCUUAGAAGGACGGUUCCCUCAGGUGGCGGGCAUAUCAUUCGCAUUCGAUCCAACCAAACCUUCUGGGCAGCGUGUCGCAGAACAAGUGGUGAAGGUCGGCGACGAAUACCUCCAGAAGGACCAGAAGUACAGACUGGCCGUCAAACAGUAUCUAUACAACGGAAACGAUGGAUUCACUAUGCUGCCCAAGUGUAAAGUAUUGGUAUCUGAAGACAUGUGUCCCGAAGUAGGCAUGGCGGUACAAAACCACUUUGCAGCAAUCAACGUACGAACAGGCCGCGCCAGACCUUCUAAGCAUCGCCAGUCGCUCGUCACGCUUAGUAGGAGACACAGCUUGGUAAAGAUGCUGGAUGGCAGCGAAUUGGAUGGUCCACCACCGUUAAGGAGAGCUUCUUCCGUCGCCACUGAACCCACUUCACACCCCACUCAUCAUAGGUUAACACGCCGUGCUUCCUUGGACGAUUUAGAGCAGCAGUCGUGCGAACUGGCCCCCAAAAUCGACAACAGAAUCAUUAUUUUGGACAAGAAAGAGAAACUGCCAGCUUUACUCGCGGAGAGGGCACGGUGGGAAUCCGACACCGUAAUUAGAGAAGUGGAUGACGAGAAUUCGCCAUAA